GAUUCAGUCAGGUUGGGGCAUUGCAGCUGCGAAUAUCGAGGAUAAAACUGUGCCAUGAUUCACGUUAGAAUUAGGAAGACAAUUGUGUUCUUUUCACUGCCAUUAUUUUCGUUACUCUACGUAAAACAAGUGGAAGCGUGGAGACUCACGACGCCCGUCGAAGAUGGAGUAUUCGUCCCUUAUUUCAUGGAGCUAAUAGAAAGCCAUGGUCGGUCAGCGGAGUGGCAUAAUGUCACGACCGAAGAUGGGUUCAUCCUGAGUGUGUUCAGAAUACUCUCGAAUCCAUCAGUUUGUCAGCAAGUUGGGAAGAGGCGAGUGGUUUUUAUCCAACAUGGAUUAGAGGGUGCAGCCGACUUUUUCAUCAUGUACGGACCCACCCGAAGCCUUGCUUAUGCACUGUCCGAUGCUGGAUAUGACGUUUGGCUUGGAAACUUCAGAGGGAAUGUGUACAGCAAGAGACAUCAAUUCUUAUUAGUUGAUGAUGCACGAUUCUGGAAUUUUAGUUUGGACGACCAAGCACUUUUAGACCUCCCAGCAAUGAUCGAUUACGUUCUCAAAGCCACCGGACAAACAAGUCUGACAUACGUCAGCCACUCGAGUAGUUGCACUGCUGCAUUAAUGUUGUUGUCCGAUCGGCCAAACUACAAUCAAAAGAUGAACCUCAAUGUCAUGCUUGCACCCAUCGUAUUCUGGAAGUUCUCAAGCCGUGCGGCCAAAGUUUAUGCUACACCAUUUCGUCAGGCGAAAAAGAUCAUUCCAAGUGGUGCAGUUCACUUCCUAGUGAGGCACAUAGCGCGGAGGUCAUUCUUUGAGAGGCGAUGCUUCCAGAGUUCUGUUGCAUUCAAAUCCUGCUUCUUCCUGGUGGAUUUAAUAACAGGGCAGGAUCACGAACAGUUGGAUCGAGAAACCGUAACGACAUUUCUGAAUUAUUAUCCUGCGGGGAGUUCUCUAAAAAUCUUCUAUCAUUACAUCCAACACCUAGACUCUGGGAAAUUUCGACACUAUGAUUACGGAAGUCCUGAACGCAAUCUCCAGUAUUAUGGACGAAUUGAGCCUCCAGACUACAACCUGAAGAAGGUCACGACACCCUCUGUUAUUCUCCGGGCUCCAAACGACCCCUUGAGUUCCAGAAACGAUACAGAACUGUUGAUCUCAGAACUCCGUAAUUCACCGAUGAUUUAUGACGUCAUCAAAGAGAGGAAAUUCAAUCACAUUGACUUCCUCGUUGCUAAAGAUGUGAAAAAACUUGUCAUUGAUCCGCUACUCCAAAUCUUUCGCAAAGUCCAUGGGCCUCAGUGUUAGGUGCAGUAACCUAUAUUAAGUUUGUUGCGGUUAAAUAUAAAAUAAUUAUACUGGGAAUAUCGUUGAUUUCUGAUUAUACUGUGACAUUUACAUUGUUAAACAAUUUUGGAUGAAACUUUUGAUACACUUUUUGGAAAUUUUUAUCAAGUGGCUGUUCCUUUGAAAUUUCCAGGAGUUUUGUCAAUAAAAAUUUUUAA